UUCAGCUUUUGUGUCAAGCUUCGCUGGUGGAGUCUCCUUGGUGCAUUCAGUUUCUGCGCCUGUGACGACUCCAUGAGGUGAAGAUGAGACCCAUGACAGCGUGAAAAGACGCAUGAAAAGGCAGUUCUCAUGUGCGGCUAGCAGCGGUGAAUUUUAGCGUGAGAAUGGGUAAAAAACGGAUUCACUUCCUUGAGGUGAUGGAGGCUGCAGGUUGAGCAGCAGCGCCGCGUUGCGUUUCCGAGGGGAAAACUGAAUAGCACAGAGAGGGGCAUCAUGAAACAGCAUACACACCUACCGAACUCAGUGGGUUCAGUUACAAACCUACUGACUGGGUGGAGAAGUAGCUGCGUUCGAUGCGGACCCGAGGCUGCUGCUACAAAGGCGACAACGAAGCCCACUCGCUGACAGUGUUGUCCCGCUCGCACGCAAUCAUGUGUACAAGGCCAUUGGAAUUGUGACACCCCAGAUUCAAGGCCCGAAUGAUGGCGCCCAGAACUGGGGGAGGCAAUAGUAGAGAUUCAUGUGACGGAAGCGUAGGGUUGGAUCUAUGUGCUGGAUGUUGUGUUUUGUAGGGAGUAGAGAGGUGGAGUAUGAGAGGAGGGGCCCAAUUUGGUUGCAGAAGAACAUGGAGGAGGCGAUAGGGAGCAGCUGCAGAUGGCAGUACCAAAGCACUGGUAACAGAUCAUGUGGGCUACCGACGUCUUCUCGUGAGGUGUUUAACUCAACAGCGGAUCAGUGCUGGAUGUUAUGGGCAUGAAGAGAUGGUGCAGUAGUUGGGUAACGAGAGAGAGAAAAAAAAAAAAAAAAAAAAAAAAAAAAAAUAGUGGGAGAGGAAAAGAGAGAAGAGGUUUGGAGUCAUAAUCGAGCUCGUGGAGACGUUGAGGGAUUGUAGGGAUGUGUGAUAAAUUCGUUGUUGAUAGCUUCUGAGGGGACGAAGGGAGGCUGAGGUGAAUGUGUGUUCAUUCCAGCUGGCGAGUGGCAUGAAUGUGGUGAGUGUUGCAACGUUGUUUAGAACCCACAUUUGCAGCUGCAUUUCGUGCAAGCGCAUCGUCCGAGUAGCUUGGGUUUGUCGGCAGUGAAUGUGCAUCUUAAGCUCAUCGCAGUGUGCUCUUUUAGUUUGAGUUUUCAGCGAUCAGAUCCUUCACGCGCUUGAGUACCGCUUGUCAUUUGUGGUGUCAACCGGUGGUGUUCGAAAUCUAGUCUUUCAACCCCUCUGCAAUCUUCUGCUUCAAAUUUCGACGAAAAACCUUGUAAUGAAUUCAAGCUCUCUGCUCUACAGAAGAACGCGUGUGAAGCUUGUCAAAUCAGAACUUUAAUCGAAGAGAUUGUCGACAUGCUAGGGACCAGAAGACCUUCGAGAUGCGCAGUUGGAAGAUGACUGCAGACCGUACAACAAGUUCGAUCGUCUCAAGAAUUGGUACCACAUUUUGGCGCUAGCCAGCAUCAAGUGAUCAUGCCAGCUCCAAACGAGUCUCUUCGAGGGCAUCAUCCACUAGGACAAGCAUUGGGCUGUAUGACGGGGAUCUUUCAACUUUUUGAAGGCCAUCCGGCCUGCAUGGGCCACCGUUACAGCUCGACUCGGAUCGGCAUCGACAGCGGUCAACUCCAGCUGGAAGCUGAAACAGAUAUUCAGUCGCGUAGCCACGACCAUCAUUUCCCCAACAUGAGUGACUGUAAAUCACAUGGGCCUUUCAUGAACUUCCCCCAGUCUACGAAGCAGCAUUAUAGGUCACACUCCGACAUCAGUGACUUGGCUUCUACCCCCACACGAACUCUCACAGAAUUUGGCCCUUCGCAAGAGACUAAUGGCCAACCACAAGAGAAGACUGCUCAUUCCGAGAGCAAAAUGGAUGCCAUAGAAUUUUACUAUAAUGAAUCAUUACGAGCAGCUGCAAUCUUUGCAGCGGAUCCUCGGCGCCGCUCCGAUUUGGACCAAAGAGAGUACAGAAAGCUUCCCCGCAAGACAAUCCCGGCAAGUCCAAGGCUCGUGAGCAUGGGUGCAUCGGAGUCUUCCUCAGAUACCAGGGAUAAUAUUGUACGUGGAUCUUCACACAAUGAAAGCGAGCGCCCGAGAGAUAUAACCAAGACUAACACAGCCCGGUUACUCGGUGACGGUCAUCACCACAGCUAUUCAAAAAAAUUCCAACGGCCUCUAGAUAAAAGAGUAGAUGGGAGACGAAAAGCAGCUGACUUGCCCCGCUCUCCCUCCAUUUUUGGAAGGUACGAACCCAAGGAGCUUGUUCACUGGAAGGAGGGGCUCAGGAGCUCAAGUCCACCUCGCAAAAGUUUCACCAAAGAGAUGGAUCCGCAGAAUGUUUCAGAUGGAAGUGCCAAAUCGUUCCGCAGGUUUUCAGGAAAUAGCGAAGGCGUAGUCAGCCGUCAUAUAUUACCAGAAGGAAGAGUCGAAGUGAAGAAAGAAAGUCCUCAUGUGCGCUCUAUGCCCAGGGACCGUUGUACUUUUGCUUCCAUCGGUCCACACAAGCACGUCCUCGCGUCACCGGAUUCGAAUUCUAUUCACAAGGAUUGCAGCUUCAAGGAGUCGCCGGGAGCGGCUGACUUCAGAGAGUCGCUGCGGCCAUUUCUGGCAGGUGCAGAAGAAGACAGAUGGGGCCUAGAUCAAUCUCACAAUUCCAAUGAAAAAAAUCUGAUCGGGUUCCCUCACCAGAUAUGUGACCAUGAACAGAUUCUCGUUAGUAAAGUUAACAGCAAGGAGCAUCGCAAAGUUUCUAGCAUCGUUGGUCGUUUGAUGGGUUUGGAGGAGAUUCCGAGCUCUAAUCAGCAAGUAAAGGUUUCUUUGCCAAAAGUUCCGGAUGCGAGUUCUAGAGGAGACAAAUUCUUCCGAGGGCUCGUGCAAUUUGAUCCACGAGUUCAGAAGAUAAAGUCGUCUUCACCACCCCCACCAUGCCGGCCGAAAAAAUAUGUUGUUCAAAGCCUUCAACCGCCUUCAGAGUAUUAUCGACAGGGAGCGUGUCAUCAGCACAAUUAUCCAGCUCAAUAUAAAAUAGAGGAAAGACUCUGCGGCUGCUGCUGCGAGGAAGACAGAGAUUACGAACACCCAACUACGAACUCAUUCAAUCCAUGCGAGCAGGAAGACCAGGAUUGGUCGGUUCAUCAUGCAGAUCCUAGGCAGCAAGAAGAAAACCAUGGCAGCUCCUCACCACAGCUUGAAGAUCCCAAUAUUCAAGAUCUAAACGCCAGUGUGGCUCCUAAGACGCUCAUGAAACGGUCUGAUCAUAAGAAGAAAACAUUUUGGAAGAUUUUAGAGGCAAUGCGCCCCAGGACGCUGCUUAAAAUUUCCCGGCGCAAGCAGUCGAAGGGGGAGAAGCUACCAUCGGACAAGACGAUAGCCGGAGAAGUGCAGCUAAUACCGGAGCUUGACUUGGGACAGCAUCAGCAGACCGACGUGAUCCAAGCUUCGAAGUUAUCCACUAGUGCAAAGAAUCAAGAACAUUUAUUUUAUCCCAAUUCUGUCAGUCAAAAGCAGGACCAGCUUACGGAGAACUGCGACAACAACGGGUUAAAUAUGGCGGAGCGUGCCAGAUUUCAAUCUGAGGAUGACAUUCUGAUGAUGAGGGCCAUUGGGAAUGCAGGGUCACAGGUUGCAAAAACAGGCACCUUUCAAGUUCGGCAUGUGAAGACAACCUCCAGCACUUCGAACGACAAAGAGGCGUGUUCCGCUAUAAGUGCAGAGAGUGUUCGGAGGCGAGCGACAAAGCCCGAAAAAUCCAGAGAGGUAGUAGCCACAACAACUCGAAAUGCUCAUUCAGGAAGUACUUUGGAGACCGAUUGUGAAACGGACCCUUCCAGUGCUACACAGAAUGGCAAGCCAGAGAAGGUUCAUGAGUCGAGGAAGAUGCGCACUACUUUGAGACAGCAUAAUCAAAGCUCCAAAAAUCCAUCACCACACACACGAAGGAAGCAGGAGAUACGCUCACCUCAUGAUGGUCGCCCCCUGUUCCCUAGAAAUUCUUUCAGCAGGGACUUCCGUGAUGCAGAUGAAAUAGGUAGGAAACCUCUUGCAAGAGGUCAGAAAGACAGCAGAGCCUUGUACCCAGCUCAUCCCAAGGCGCAGUUACCGAGAAGAGACACUUUGAUGAGAAGGUCUACUGCUAGGGUCAACUUGAAGGACAAACCAGCGUCAGUCAAUGACGAGAAAUCUAUUACCAAAGAAACUAUCUCUGUGCAAUCAAAAUUGAAGCAAUCAAAUGGGGUGGAACCACCAGCACCCAGAGAACGCUCGAGCGUCAACGGUUCAUCAACAGCAGAAGCAGCCACUCUUAACACAUCUGAUAACUCAGAUCUGCCUCUAUCUGGGACUGCUCCAGGACAUUUCUCAGACUCUAAACCUGGUUUGGAGAUAAGCCCAAAGCCGGGGAGAUUGAAGGAACCCAUUGUAUAUAUAAGACGGUCACCGCCAGCAAUCCAGAGAAUUGAAAAUGCCUCCAUUAUCGACCAUGACAGAGAUAGUAGUACAGGGCCCUCGCAGCCUGGAGCUUGUGUCCCUGUUCAGGCUAAUCCUCGGCUGCUAUCACAGGAGGUAGAGACCCUAGCUAUUGAAGAACUGACGCCACCCCGAGGUGAUAUACUGAAGAACGUCCAAUUGGAUGACAAUCAAACUGGAGGACUUGACAGACCAAGCCCCAUCUCUGUGCUGCACAACAGUGCUCUAGAAGACCAGCUCACGCCAAGCCCAAGCUCUCCUAAGCAGAGCACUCCUCUAUUACAAGAUUCUGUCAACGUACACAGGGACGACCAAUGUUAUGGAGCCAGGGAUUCAGAGGACUGCCUUCAAAGCAACGAUGCUUCUGCAUGGAUUGAAGCGAAUGUAAACUUCGACGAGCUAUUCAGCAAGUGCGCUGCAGGUCUAAAAGCUCAAUCUGAGAAUACGGCAACUGAAAACCUUCUUUGCAAGUUCCAAUCCUAUUUCAGAACUGCAGGGCCAGACAAAGAAAAGAUAUUUACCGAGAGCUUUAUGACCUCGUCACAAGGUGGAGCUGACUGCGGAUCUCAAUGCGUCUCUGCGAAUUCCCUGACGAAACAAAGCUCCUACGAGUUUACAGACACGAAAAUUUGCAGCGGAAACCUGCUGCAAUGCCUUCAAAGCAACGAAGUACUCCAAGGACAUGACCCUAUCCUCUUGCUCGACUGCCUAGAAGAGAUCAUGGACAGAAUUCUGGAAUCACAAUCAAACCUCAUGCUUUACACAGGAUUUCCCCACGAAACAGUGUACCCAAAGCCCAAGGGCAAGCAGCUAGUAGAAAAGCUCUGGAUAGAGCUGCACGACAUCGAACGCGCUCCACCAUUGGAAGACGUCUGCGACACAGUCCACAGAUUGCUGCACAAAGACCUGCUCAGGAAUCAAGGACAGCAAUGGUCGAACUACAAUGCGGAGUGGGAAACGAUCGGCGUAGACAUGGAGGGAAUGAUACUCGGCGACUUGAUGGAAGAUGCCGUUAGAGAUUUGCGAGCACUGCUACCCCCGAAUCCGUUCCACAACCUCCCAAUUGAGGCUGCAACUAGGAGACAAUUGUUUGCAUUCUGAAUUUUUUUUGCCCAAACCUCUAUUCAACAAGAACUGUUACAAUGUAAUGUUGUCGAAUUUAUUCAAA